AUGGGUCGUAUGCGCGGCUUUGAGGUCAUCAAAUCUUCUGUUACUCAGCUUGUUGUCAAUCGCAGUCUCAAAAAUCUCAACAACUUCAUUUUGGGUGAUUUAUUUGCAGCUGGGAAUGGUGAUUGGGUUUACGGUGAGAAUCCUGUCGCAACCAUACCUUGGGAUCGUAUUAAAACGGCCAACUUUUCCAAUAAUUUUAUCAAUAAGAUUGAUCAGACUAUAGCUCUAUUACCCAAUGUUGAAAUCCUACAUUUUUCGAACAAUCUCUUAACAGAACUUCCAGAUUUUACAUCUCUUACACGUCUCAGAGUGCUCUUUCUCUCGGACAAUCAGCUGUACCUUAAAGAAGAGUCAAAUUUGCCGGCGUUUGAAAUAAAUGAAGAAGAAUGUUUCAUUCCUGAAGCUAUUGUUAUAUCUUCUGCCUCCGCCGGAACUGUUGAAUCUGGAGGAAAUCGCAGUAUAUUUCAGAAUAAACCUAUUAAACCUCUUCGUGAACGUCUUGGUGAAGUGCAGAUCCUUAUCCUAGCCAACAAUGGCCUUCGGUCUGCUUCCAUCGUUGAAGGUAUUCUUACUCUUCAACACUUAGAUCUGUCUGGGAAUAAGAUUUCAUCCUUUGACGAAUUGGUCUGCCUUGGAGAUCUGCCGCAUUUAAACUCAUUAGAACUGCUGGGUAACCCUAUCUGUGAAGAUCCGUACUAUCGUCGAAACGUACUCAAUAUUCUUGGUCCUAGAUUCCCCUUGAUUGUCUUGGAUGGCCAUAGAGUCACAGCAAAAGAAUAUGAAAAUGUUAGACUUUUUCAGGCUCUCAUGAAGGGCGGCGUUGUUACUCAGCUAUCACCAAAUAUGCCGGCUUCCGCUGCAAAAUCUUGUUCUAGAAUCACUGAGAGUUCAAUUAAUCAGCCGCAGAGUCGUAACGUUGAAUUAGUUUCUAGUUCACCUGUACCAAAUGUGUCAGUGAAAGAAGUUCAACAUUUCGAUGGAGUAUCGAAAAUACAUUCAGAAAUGGGGACUAAUUCAGCCAUUUUGGAUCAACAAAAUGAAAAUAAGGAGGUUUCAAUUAACAUCUCCAGGCAAUCUAUUUCUUCUACUGAUACCACUCCUCAGGAAGCAACCACAAAUGUUUCAAAUCAGGUUGCGUCGAAAUCUCUAGUUCUUUCAGCACCUCUAACAUCUUCAACACGGACUCAAGUCCCAAAUGUUCGACCGGAAGAUUUUUCAUGUGACCUUUCAACCUCUGAAGUAGUUUCAAGUGAGCAACCCCUUGGAGGCGCUUUUGAUGAAAGCUCAGUAAUGAGUACUGGUGAGUUUUCGUAUAAUUGUCCUUGUCCCAGCACAUCUGACACUGCUACUGAACAAGUUGAGCAUUCAAAUGUCCCUGACUUUGAUGCUCCUCAAUCAUCAACAGAUAAUGACAUCGAUAACCAUCUGGAGAUUGCAGAAAAGAUGGAAAGUGUCAAUAUUUCGGAGCUAGCAUCAACAUCUCCAAGUGCUCAGCCAUCUAUGAAUACUUCCAAACAGACGGAUGCUUCAUGUAUAGGGGAAGUGACUAACGAAUCACAAAAAACUACUGGGAUUGCGUUUGGUUCGGAAUCAUUGGAAGGUUACAAGGGACUACACAACGAUAAUAACUCUCAUGAACAAUCUGAGAUUUCUAACAAAUGUGAUCAUUUGGUUCAUGAAUCCUCUUUUGUUUCUGAACAAAAGAGCUCUUCUGGAGUUGCUUCCAAUCCCGAAUUUUCUAAUUGUGAGGAUCAAAAUACCGAAUCUGUGCUUUCAGCGACGGCUCAUUGCAAUUCAGAGGAAUCCAGCGGGGAGAACGAUCAGAAUUAA